AUGGAGGAGUAUCUGACUGUCAACAUUUUGUUCCCUCCCUCGCAUAUUCUUGAUGGUGUCCCCCUCUCCUGGUGUGAUGAUCUCGUAAAGCGAACGGUUGGACCCAAUGGGGGGUUGCGUUUUCCACUAUUGGGCUCGGGUUCAAAAUCGUCACUGCACGAGUACCCCGUGGAUCGCCUGCUAUCCGGGGGAAGCAGUGGUUUUCGGUCUGGACAACACGCUUGUGCCUCGUGUGGGGAAGCCACUGGUGAUUGGGGUGAGGGAGACGACAUUGACGGUAUCAUCUUCAACAGCAGUUAUUCCAUCGAUUGCCUUUUUAACACUGUUUUGAAGUUAGGCACCGGGAGCUUUAGCUCUGUGACCGUGUUGCAGAGCCGUCUACGGCCCACUCGUUUCUUUGCUGCGAAAAGUUUCACGCAACUUCCUUCUCCGAUCAUGCUGCUAUCGAGUGUUUGCGGUCGUGAAGGUGCAAUGAAUGAAUUGCACCUGACACCAAGUGGUGUUGGUUGUGCAGUGUUAAACCACUGCCCCAUGUUGUGCAACCUUUUACGUGAAGCCCAAGUCAUUGCCACGCUUCCUCGACAUCCCCGGCUCGAACGUUUUUAUGGUGUUUUUGUGGAACACGAUCCAUUAUACGGUACCGACUGUAUGCCAACAUCAUCUCCUCGCACAGUGGCAGCACCGACUUCCGUGCACAUGGUCGUUGAGGUGGGGAUCGGCGGCACCUUCGGGGAACUGCUCAAACUGUAUGGCUCUUACAUAGCUGAGGAACAUCUCGUAUGCUGGAUGUCACAGAUACUAAGCGGGCUCGCGUGCUUGCACGGAAACGGGUUACUGCACAGAGACAUCAAACCAUCCAACAUACUCCUCCGCAACAGGGUCUCCCCCACCAACUGGGAAAGCAACGUCGAGUUGAUCCUUGCUGACUUCGGUAUUGCAACUAAGGUAACAGAUUCGGACUCCCAAACUGAGCGUACAGUGGUUGGAUCUUGCGCCUACUUACCGCCGGAAAUUGCGCGAUAUUGGGGAUAUCGGCACCGGUGCCCGUACUCGUACGCGUCUGAUAUUUGGAGUGCAGCUGCGCUUUUCUACGUGUUUCUAACUGGAGGGGGUCUAGGAAUGGAUGAGGGCAUGUUGACAGUUACUUUUAACGGUAUGAUUCCAUCCUUUAUGUCACCAACGGAGUCCGAAAGUAAUGCCACAGUUGCAGCACGUCUUUGGGUUGCGCGAGGUGACUACCCACCGCUGGCAACACUGGCGGUGAUUCCACUUGUAGACGACAAGGCGCUUCAAAUCUCUAUACGGGAGCUUGCUGCUCGACGCGGGUGCCACGAGGAGAGUAUUUGUGGUGAGCACAGCGUAGGGGUGGACAAAGAGGAUGGUAACAUCAUCGCUACCGACCGCAUCAGUGGCACACAGUACACCCGGUAUACCUCCUUGAGUGGGGAUGAAACAAAGGAGGGAGUGACAAGCACAACUCAGUGGCCUCCAUGGGUUCUCACACCAAGUGUUCAGCUAAUGGCAAGGGCACUGCGGGCACGAAAUCUUUCGGCAGAGUUCUUGCAUUGCAUUGACAGGAUGAUGGCAGUAGACCCGGCGGAACGACCUACUGCCAAGAAAUUGCUUCUUGAGUCCCCCAUUUUUUCUUUACGCAUGCCAUGGUGGGAGAAGUCGGUGGAAGCCUCUGUUAAGCGCAUUGUCGAGGGAAAAGAAGAUGUGCUGUUGGACGUGUGCUUGGGUGACAGCGAUGAGGAAGAGGAGGAAGAUGAGGAAGAGGCGGCGUUACUAGGUCGCACCAUGACACCAAGUGUUCUACCAAUAGAUAAUGGGCGUUACCUCCCCCAUAACGUCGUUCACUGGUGGAGCGUCGAUGUUUCUGGAGAUAUGCUGGAGCGGCGGGGGAACGCCCAAACCACUUCACUUCUUGAACAUAUCCUCACAGCGCUAGGCAACUUGCGUGCGUACGACACACCAGUCGAUCCCAUCGUUUCUGUGCAAAGCACUACUGACCAUGAAAGCCAUCGGAAGCUACCGAUGUACAUGCCGAAGACCUUGUGUUUUGUAGAGCGGGUUUUCUUACAGAUGCAAGAAUAUGACAUUGCUUUCCAGACUGUUGGCGACAACGGGCCACUGCUCGAAGAGCUAGAAGCACGCGGCCUGAACACCAAUUUCUUCAUCCAUUCACAAUUAAGACUGAGUGCUAGCGCACGCGUCGAUAAGGUCUACCUGCCCUCUCUUAUCGAGGACGACGAGGACAUUCUGGACGAGGAGGAAGCUGCACACUGCGCAAUGGAGAUGUUGGUUUCGGCUGUCAACACGUGGUUGGAGGAUCGCCUUGACGGGGAAACCGAUACCGCGACGGCGUGUGGCAACACGUUGAGUCCCUUACCGUGGGUGAGCUGGAGCCACAACUAUUUCGCCGGUGCCGGGGAGCGGUGUUUUAUUGUUGAGUAUGUCUCUGCUGUGCCGUUGGCCAUACCGUCUCCCGCUCCGCCGAAUCGCAUUACAACAAUCACAGGUGAUGUUCAUACCGUUUUCAUGCACUGGCGGGCGAACCUCGUGGAUGCGCAUCGUCGCUCUCAGCACGGUGAUGCGACAACUACCGAUUGUGAAGAUGUUCCUUAUGAUAACCAUAUUGGGGAUGUGGGACCUUCAACAACCAAACUGGAGGGGUGUAUGGACAAGUGGCUGGAAGCACUUGACGAUGCAGAGUUUAGGCUUCUUCACAAGGAAGAGGAGGAGAUAAAAGAAUGUGCACAGCAUUGGGCAAUCCCACCAAAUCGUAUCACACGGUGGCUGUGUGUAAGCCCAGUCCCAUCACCUUGUGAAUGUGCUCAAUUUAUGAGGGAGACGCUUGAUGACGGUACGGAAAUCCGGGCUCGAGUCAACAAACUUGUGUCAGAUAUAUGUUUCAGAACGGAGGGUGCCUUAAUUCUUCAAUCACGGCCGCGUGCUCGUGCCGUGUCUCAGUGUUCUUCCUCAGUCUAUCGAUGCAGUGCCCACCGUAGGUGGUGA